AUGCGUCAACGGUGUAAACACAUAAACAGCCGUGAGCAUAUUCGCAGGAAUGAUGGUAUCUGUUUCCAAUCUCUCUUGUGGUGUACGAGCAGUGGAUCAGGCUAUACCACAGCAAGUACAUCUUGCGCUUGCCCUGCUACUACUUUCUCUACUGUUUUUUUCAGUUGUUGUCGCUACUCUUACCAACGCCGCAUGGUAAGGCAAGGUGAAAUACCCACUGUUAUUUCCGCGCCCUCCACAUUUUCCAUGGGUAAAGAUCCGGCAUCUCUCGGCGGCCGAAAAUUACCGACAUAUGCAAUGGGAGCGAGGGAUACUGACAAAUCUGGGACAUGGCACAAUUCGCUGGCAAAGGUCUCUAUGGCUGGUAUGCGUAGUGUGAUCUUUUUGAUGAUGGGCAAAGUGCGGCGGCGCCCAUUAGAAAUUAGAAGUUCCAAGUAUUAUGCCCAGCUUUACAUUCGGGCGCAUCGGCCCAAUGAGGGAUUAUCAUGUUAG